GCAGCGGCCAUGACAGCGGCGGGCUACGGGGAGCGACGAGGUCUCUCUGCGACAUGAAAUGUCUUUAUUUCUAACUCUAUUUAUCCUGGCUGCAACGCCAUCCAUUUGUAAAGGCCAGCAUGAAAACACCUGCAGAGUUGUCCCGCGCAACGAAUAUAUUGAAGUGGGAUCCGAUACCGAGAUAGUGUGCCAGACUUCAUGUAUCCCCGGCAAAAUCUAUUGGACACUGAACAAAAGACGUAUUGAUGAAAGCCAGUCAAGCGUUGUCAACUCCUCACACGCAGUCCUGUCCCUGAGGAACUUCACUCUUCAGAACGCGACCCUGCAGUGCCUCAGUGCAGAUACCCUGCAGGCCCUCGGGGGCACCAUCAUCAGAACGUACUCAAAACCCAACAAUAUAUCGUGUAUCUUGCAUCAUAAAAAUCAGCUCGAGGACUCUUCACCAGACCUGUUCACAUGCAACUGGGAGCAUCAAAUUAAACCUUCACCGAAUAUAAACUACACUGUAUUGAUUGGCUCUUCGUCACACGAGUCCCAGCACGAGAUCUGCAAAUCACGUAUUACAAACUGCAGAACCACGUGUGAAGGAAUAAGUCUAAUUGACAAUAUGACGAUAACUGUGAGAGCUGAAGCUGCUGCUUGGGAAGCUGAGUCUGACCCUCGUGAAUUCUGCCCAGAACACAUAUUGAAAAUUAUCCGUCCAAAGUUAACUGUAAAAACCUCCUCUGAUCAUGUGUUGGUGAGCGUCGGUGCGAGGAGCCGAGCAGCUUUUUUAAAACCGUGUCACUGUGAAGUCAAAUACAGAAAGGUUGUUGACGAAGGACCUGUUUCAGAGUGGGUGCGCAAAAAAACACUGAAGGGAGGUAGCGGGAACGAGACCAUUGAGAAGUUUGAUUCCUGCAGUAUUUACACAUUUUCAGUCCGCUGCGCUCUAGCCGAGGCCCCCUGGAGCGACUGGAGCGAGAAUAAGACAGUCCUGACGAAAGUAAACAAGAGAGAUUUCAAGCUGCGCCUGUGGAGAAAGGUGACUGAACCAGAGGAGAAUGGAGUUAGAAUGGUUCAUGCUAUGUGGACAGAGAUUCCCUCGACAUGCCGAGGCACAUUUACCUACACAGUCAAACAGACUCCCUACAAGGAACACGUGAUGGGAGUAAAUUAUACGGAUACUUUAUGUGGCAGCUCAACUUGUGGUGUUUAUGUGAACCAAGAUGCACACAGAAUAAAACUCACAGUCCUCCAUCGUGGAGCGGUGCUUCUACAGGACUCUGUUUAUGUUCCAGCCAUUGGAGAGAGCCUCCCUCAAGUUACCGACAUCCAGACCUCAACACUUGAAGGCGACAUCCUGGUCCGCUGGAAAGCUUCAAUUGAGCCGGUCACUGGUUACGUGAUCGACUGGACACACGGUGGGAAUAAAUACUUCUGGAAGGAGAGCAACGGCACUAACACAACACUGUCUGGCCUCCCGGAUAAGCAGCCAUUCAACAUUACAGUAACUCCCCUCUUUGAUGACAAGACAGGUCACGGCACACAAGCCCUUCAGAUUUGCUCCAGAGUAGGAGAUCCGGGAAAUAUCAUGAUUCAGGUUCAGGCCAAGGACAAAAGUGCCCUUGUGGGCUGGAAUGUGACCGACCAUGGGCCAUGCAGUGGCGCUGUGGUCACCUACACCGUCUUCUAUAGCGUACAGAAAGGAGCACAGCGCAAUGUGACUGUUAAUGGCACCGAGCAGUUAAUCUCCUUGAAAGAUCUGACUCCAGACACCCAGUACAGUGUCCACGUCCACGCCACAGCUCUUACUGGAACUACGCAGAGCCGUGAGACGCUCUUUAAAACCAGAAGGUUUGAUCCGGAGCUCAUCAAAGUCGUCGGUGUCUGUGGAAGCAUCGUGAUACUUCUUGUGUUUUCCCUUGGGUUAUGCUGUGCUGUUCGAUGGAAGAAAUUUAAGGAGAAGCCAGUGCCGAACCCCGGCCUCAGUUCUCUGGCGUUGUGGCCACCACCGAGUCAUCAAGAGGGAACGUGUCCCUUCCAGCCAUUUAGCAAUCCUUCAGAAAGCCUCUGUGACAGGGUUUACACGGGGGAAACUCGGCCAGGGUCCACCUCUCCACUCGCCGCAGGCUGUGAUGGAAACCCAGCCAGUGUCCAGACGGAGGAAUACAUCGACCCGGCCACGUUCUCGGCGCCAGGAGACCCAGUGGAACCCGCAGAGAUGCAGCAUCUGUCUUCUCCUGAUGAUUCCACAGCCCUGCUGCUUCCAGAGAACAGCCCGUAUCGAAGCCAGACUUCUGCGGAAAGCUCUGCCUCGAGGUCCAGUAAACAAUGUCAGCGUGUUCCAGUGAAACAGACCGAGAAGACAACACCGGUGAUGGUUUACUUCACUUUAGACAUGUUAGAACAAGACUAGGGCAGGGGAGGGAAGGGACAACAAGACAAUACAUUCCAAAAGUAAAGACUUCCUAACCACGUCAUAAAUGCUAUGUUGUAUGUAAAUAGAAGUACAUUAUGCUACUUUCCACCUUUUAUUGAUCCUACCAUGUAAUAUAGCUAAAUAAUGUGGGGAGCUGCUUUAUUGAGUCAAUUCAAUGUCUUUUACAGAGACAAUUAUAUAGAGAUAACUAUAUAUCGCUUUAGCAACAUUGUUUGAUCGGAUAUAAUGCAAGGUCAAUAAAAGGGAUUUAUUUUUUCUUCAGUACGCCAUGAUUGAUAACAUUCAUUGUAUAAAGCAAUUGGGACUCAUAUGAUGUGGUGGAAAUUAUCAAACACAUAUGUAACCUACAUGUAGAGACUGUAUAGUAUUAUAUUACAAAACACAGGUUUGUCCAGUGAUAGCAGGCUGGGGAUUUAAGUAAAUGAGAGAAUAUGUAUAUUUCGUAAAAGUCAUAAUAUUAGUGAUAACAACAAUUCCUUUUCACAUCUUUCCUCUUUGUUAUCAGAAGUAAACUGCUUGCUUGACACUGCAAGAUGUUACUCGUUGCAAUUGUUCUUGUACAACUUGGCAUUGAAUUUUUAACAAUGUCAUGCACUAUGCAUAAGCUGCUUAAUUGUAUAGCAUUUAUUGUUUCACAUCUAAUUUUAAAUAUGUAUGAGAUAGUAUAGUCUUUGCCGUAUUAAAUGGAGCGCAAAACUGCUUCUCAGGACUAAUGCAUUAUUAGCACAUAUUUAAAAGAAUGUUUACAUAUUACAUUUGUUUAAUGUGUCAAACUGUGUAAAUUACCCACUGACAUUGCAACAUGUAAUGCAUAUUCACAAAGUAAAUGAGUUUUAAAACUGG